CUCGGGGCUGUUUGAAAGAUGGGUAGCACCGAAGGCGCGGCACUCAAAAGGAUUGCUAGUUUCGUGACGUGCGCGACGCUCCGGACUCAGCACACGGCCGAAGGCAACCAUCGCUCUUCUGACGGCGCUCACCAGCUUUUCUGACGACCUGCUGCCGUAAACCACCCAGACGCCGACAACUCUCAACAACUCUACACCAAUACUUCACCGGCCAGCGCCGACAACGACUGGUGAAGGACGAUUGGUCAAAACUUCACCGACCACCGUAGCAAAGCCCGUUGUGAGCUGUCGCCGGGAUGAACGCCAACGUCAAUGAAAACGCAUCUGCGGUCCAAGACGCGCCCGACUGCUUGGAGGGCGCCGGCUCCGGCCGGGACGCCAGCCUGAAGCGGACGGGCUACCUGGAGUGGGCCGAGUACUUCAUGGCCAUCUGCUUCCUGUCUGCCAUGCGCAGCAAGGACCCCGUCACGCAGGUGGGCGCCUGCAUCGUCAGCGACGACCGCAAGAUCGUCGGCAUCGGCUACAACGGGAUGCCGCUGGGCUGCAGCGACGACCGCCUGCCCUGGGGCAAGGUGGCCGCCAAUAGUCUGGACACCAAGUACAUGUACGUUUGCCAUGCUGAGAUGAACGCCAUAAUGAACAAGAACUCGGCAAAUGUGAAAGGCUGCACCAUCUACGUGGCUCUGUUUCCCUGCAACGAAUGCGCCAAACUGAUCAUCCAGUCGGGUAUCAGGAAGGUGGUGUACGCAUCUGACAAGCACUCGCACAAGUCCUCCACUAUCGCCUCAAAGCGACUUCUCGAAAUGGCUGGCGUUGAGUGCUGCCAGUACGUGCCUCCGCGGCGCCAGGUGGUGAUCGACUUCGACGUGAUCAACCUGAGCAGCCUGACGCAGCUCCCGGACUCGCCGCCGCGGCCGACAGCUCAGCCGGAGGCGGCUCAGCUGGCCGAGAGCGCUCAGCUGGUGGAGACGGCGCGCCGGGACCUGGCCGAGCUGCUGCUGGAGCGUGGCCAGACUAGCCUCCACUGAGGCGGCUCAGCUGGCCGGGAGCGCUCAGCUGGUGGAGACGGCGCGCCGGGACCUGGCCGAGCUGCUGCUGGGGCGCGACCAGGCUAGCCUCGACCGAGGCGGACAGACCUGAAGGGCGUGCGCGAGACGGACUGACCCGGAACUGACGGACCCGGAACUAACGGGUCCGAAGCUGACGAACCCUAAAUACACGGGCCCGGAACUGACGGACUCGGAAUUGACGGACGCUAGACUGACGGAUCCGGAACUAACGGACCCGACACUGACGGAUCUGGAACGAACGCACCCGUAAUUGAUGGGUACGGAACUAACGGACCGGAAUGACGGACACGGAAUCGACGGAUCCGGAACAACGGUCCCGAGACGAUGGGCAUGGACUGCCGGAUCAAGAUGGGCAGAACACGGACAACGACCUGGACGGAACGGGACUGCCGGGACGGGUUUGGCGGACCAGGACUGAUGAACCAGGACUGAUGAACCAGGACUGACGGACCAGGGAUGGCCAAGCCAUGGCUGAAUAACUGAAGUGACGGAGGAAAUGCCUGCUGGCCAGACCUGGUACUGGCGGGCUGGAAUCGACAGAUGAGGAAUGCCUUCACCGACCCGGCCAGGCUGGCCACGGAUAGUGGUUCCAUGCGAACGCGGCCUCUAGUCCUCCAUGGUGAUCCAGCAUAUCCACUGAGACGGUUUUCACAUGAGUGUGAGGAUGGAUAUUCCAAUUUAACGCCGUAGGUAUGAUGACGUCAGGGCCUAUGAGGUCCCUCCGCCUGUUUUCUGCUUUUCAGAAAAUGGUUUUGUAGUCUGACACCAUUAGCCAAGUGACUUCUAGGUCCAAAGCUCACCUCAGUGUGUUUUCUGCUUUUCAGAAAGUUUUGGGGCUCGUUUCGAGCUGAGUAGUGCUGGCCAUGGGCCAUGAGAGAUAGCCUGGGGGAGUAAACUCAUGCGUACCUCAGCGGCGAUGCAUACGCUGGCGCGCAGUGUAUUGCCGAGCAUAAUCGCACGCAAAGGUAGCCAUAAUGACCGAUGAGCUCAAUGUUUGCAAUGCAUCGUCGUUGCGUGUCGACACUGGCGAGCCAUGCUGCUGGCGCCUUUCGGGAGGAGGCGGGUGCUAACUCAGGCGCUACAGGUGUGCCGUGGUCGAUCGAGCGACGCUUGAUGUACAUUGUACAUUGACGACAUUCUCUGGGAAGCUGAGCGGUGUGUUUGAUUUGAUGCGCCAGUAGCAAGGAUCUUAGGGCCGUAUGAUGAUCUGCGCAUUGUCGUGGUGUUUGUCCGUGUUGACCUUGCGUAUUCAUAAUAUAUUGACAUCUGCCAGAUUUGGCUACGUUGGCAG